GAGAGAAAAGCUAUAACCUAUUAACCUGCAAGGAAACCCAUUUAGGCUCUCUCUCUCUCUCUCUCUCUCUCUCUCUCUCUCUCACAAAUUCCAUAUUCCUCUUGAUCCCUCAAAAGACAACAAAUCAAUAACGACAAAUAUUCACAUCUUCAGUGGCAUAGUUGCUAACGCAGCCAUGGGAGGUCCUUCAAAAGAGAGCGUUUAAUGCAUCAAUGAUACAAAACCCUAGGCAAAACUAGAAACCCACCGUAAUAGCUCAGGAACCGAGCUCUGAUAGAUACAGAAACAAGAGAAACAAGGAGAUUAUCAUGGGGCUUUUCCUGGGUUUUUGAUGAAUUUGAAAACCCAGCUGGGGUUUUGGAUUAUGCUUGUGCAUCGGCUCUUUUGAAGUUCUGAUAGGAGAGGGUUUUAUUGACUGUUUGUGCAGCUUCUGGUACUGUUCUUUCCUCUUUUUGUGCUUUCUCUCCGUUUGAUUUUCAUCUCAUACUCUACAAAAACUUAGUGCCCAUUUGAGUUUGUCCUCUGAGGUUUGAUUAUUUUUCAUUAAUAUUUGUGUUGCUUUGACGGGUACGUGACUGUCCUUCCAUUUUCGUCAAGAACUCAACACUUCAUUCUGACCGUUCUCUGUUUGCGAUUGAUUUUCUGCAUAUAUAAUAAACAGUACUUUGAAUUCUCCUUCCUUUAUGGGUUGAUUCUUUGCUAUUAAGAGAACAGAUUGAUCUGGAAAUUUUUCUUCCGACCGUAAGAAAAUUAAUCCAUCCAAGCUAAACACGUCUUGUUUAUCUUCAUUUUCAAUCUUUGAAUUCAUUCUAGACGUAGUUGGCAAUUCUUGGGCUCUGCCUUUCUUCCGAACAGAGGAACCUCUGUGGUGGUGAAUGGCAGAAAUGGCUCAAGAUGAAGGAUCAUCAUCUGUAACUUCAUCACCCCUUCAGUUCUUCUCCUUGAUGUCUCUCUCCCCCAGCUUAGGUUCACCUUACCCAUGGCUCAGAGAGCUAAAAUCCGAGGAGCGUGGAUUGUAUCUGAUCCAUCUGUUGCUGUCCUGUGCCAACCAUGUCGCUUCCGGUAACCUCGAGAAUGCGAAUAUCGCACUCGAGCAAAUCUCACACCUUGCCUCACCUGAUGGCGACACUAUGCAGCGCAUUGCUGCCUACUUCACCGAGGCCCUCGCCGAUCGGAUUCUCAAGGCCUGGCCUGGCCUGCACAAAGCUCUCAAUUCCACAAGAAUAUCUUCGAUCUCAGACAGAAUUAUCGUUCGAAGAUUGUUCUUUGAGCUCUGUCCCUUCUUGAAGGUUUCCUAUUUGAUCACCAACCAAGCCAUCAUUGAAGCUAUGGAAGGGGAGAAGAUGGUUCACAUCAUUGAUCUCAACUCUGUGGAGCCUGCGCAGUGGAUUGCACUCCUUCAGGUCUUGAGUGCACGACCGGAAGGCCCUCCCCAUUUGAGAAUUACAGGCAUUCAUGAACAGAAGGAGGUAUUAGAACAAACAGCUCUUCGUUUGACUGAAGAAGCUGAGAAAUUGGACAUCCCAUUUCAAUUCAAUCCCGUAGUUAGCAAAUUAGAGAAUCUCGAUGUUGAAAGCUUGCGUGUUAAGACCGGAGAGGCAUUGGCAAUCAGCUCUGUCCUCCAACUGCAUUCCCUCUUGGGAUCCGACGAUGAAAUCCUCAGGAAGAAAUCCCCAGCUGCUUACAAGAAUUCAAAUUCAGUUCACCUGCAGAGGGUCCUGCAGAUGAACCAGAGCGGGGUGGGGGAAUUGCUUGAUAAAGAUUUGACGAAUGGGUACAGCCCAAGUCCUGAUUCAGGGUCAUCAUCCCCAUUAUCUGUGACUCCUUCGGCAAAGAUAGAGGGCUUCCUCACUGCCCUCUGUGGUCUAUCACCAAAGGUAAUGGUAGUUACCGAGCAAGAAUCGAACCAUAAUGGAUCAACCUUGAUGGAGAGACACUUGGAAGCACUAUAUUAUUAUGCAUCGCUCUUUGAUUGCUUGGAAUCAACAUUAUCGAGGGCUUCAAUGGAGCGAAUGAAAUUAGAGAAGAUGCUCUUUGGGGAAGAAAUUAAGAAUAUUAUUGCAUGCGAGGGAUCUGAGAGGAAGGAAAGGCAUGAGAAGCUUGAUAAGUGGAUUCAGAGGCUGGGUUUCGCAGGGUUUGGGAGGGUUCCUUUGAGCUACUAUGCUCUGUUGCAAGCAAAAAGACUGCUGCAAACCUAUGGUUGCGAUGGAUAUAAGAUCAAAGAAGAGAACGGCUGUUUGGUAAUUUGCUGGCAAGAUCGGGCCCUGUUUGCAGUUUCAGCUUGGAAGUGCAGCAGGUUCGAUUGAUCAUUUUUCAUAUGUGAGCUUUUCUUUUCUUCUGUGUACAAAGGAUUUCAGGUUUGUUCUUUUUUUUGUUUUUGUUUCUUUUUUUUUUUUUUUUUUUUCUCAAUCUACAAAUACAUUUUAGUCUCUGGAAGGGUUUGAAGGUAUUCUUCACCCUCUGCUUUACAUUUUGUUUAUUUAUUUAUUGACCUUUUCUUCUAUGGCUUCCUUCUACACUCAUUCGGAGCCUUGGUGUGCUUGUUUUAAUACAAAAUUGCCAUUGUUUUGAA